GAAAAAUAUACAUAAGAUCAGAAUUUUCAUCAAAUUAGCCGCUGAAAUCAAUUUGUUGAAGACGAAGAAGGAAGAAGAAAGAUGAAUGCUCCAGAUCGUUACGAACGAUUCGUUGUUCCAGAAGGCGUUAAGAAGGUUUCGUAUGAGAGGGAUACGAAGAUCAUGAAUGCAGCUACAUUUACUGUUGAAAGAGAGGACCAUACAAUCGGGAACAUUGUUCGCAUGCAACUACAUAGGGAUGAUAAUGUUCUGUUUGCUGGGUACAAGUUGCCUCAUCCUCUUCAGUACAAAAUCCUGCUCCGGAUCCAAACAACAAGCCAGUCCUCACCUAUGCAGGCAUAUAACCAGGCUAUUAAUGAUCUUGACAAGGAACUUGAUCAUCUGAAGAGUCAGUUCGAGGGUGAGUUGGCCAAGCACACGAGGGACUACUAAUCCUUCGACAAUGAUAUU